CACUAACUCGUUUGUCACAACGACAACCUUGUCGCAUCUUACUGUCACUUCUUCUUCGCCUUCUUCUUGACCUUGUCCUGGUAUCGCAUCAAGCAACUAAUAGGCCACCGCUGGACGCCAUCGCUCCGCCAAACCACGCCCGCAGCCCCGCCCCCACCCCCGCCCCUCCUUCCGCCUCGCACCUCCCUCGACUGCCUGUGGAUCCUUCCACACGCGCCCGAGCGUUAACAACCCCAUAUGUCACUCCCACAACCCCCUUUAUCAACCCCCAACAUCGCCGUCUCCUCGGCCCCAAGACUCCAGCCGCGCGCAUCAGGCAGCCUGCGCAGCCGGUCGUCGACAAUCUCGCGCAACAGCACCGCUGGCGACACCCUCGCCCUCGGCGACCUGUUUGGCACGCGCUCCGAACUCGCAGACUUGCGCGAGGUGCUCGCUGCCGGCCCGCCGACGCGAUCCCCCUCGCGAAACAGCAACAGCAACAGUCGACGGAGCAGCCUCAACAGCCCCGCCGAGACCGCGAACGUGAACAGAACCGUCUCCCCCCGCCUCAGCCGCUCCGGCAUCGUCGAGGUCGACUCCCGCCCCCUGCUGAGCCCACGAUCUCGCGACAGCCUCCUUCCACCCUCGCCCCUCGAGCCACAGCGCCUCACGCCCUCUGGCCGCCCCAAGCCUGCCCCGCGGCCAGCGAACAUCGUCGACCCGCCGCGUAACCGCCGUCCCACCCACACUGGCCUCCAUCCGCGCGACUCGCGUGUCGGCCCUCCUGAACGGCCGCCAGUGUCGUACCGCAAGUCGUCGACGCCGAGCCACCGCCGCCGCCUGAGCCUGAUCGAGGUCCUCGCCGACAAGGACUUUGCCGCGAACCCUGCAAACGUUAUCGUCCGUGACUUUGCGCAGGCACACGACGAGGAAGAGGAGCUCGACUACGAUCACUUGGACGACGACGACGACGCAGUGUCUGUCGCCCAACGGCGUGACUUUGAGUUCUGGCACGAGGUCCUCCGUUACAGCGGGCCAGAAGACAAGGUCCACCCCAGCGGGAUCGCGACCUCGACCGUCGACGUGGGCAAGUACCAGACGCCUCCGCCGACGCCUACCCUUGCCAAAGGACAGCCCAAGCUCCGCAAGUCGCCGUCGCUCGCGCAGUCGGUACUCAAACUACUCACGCGCUCAAAGCCAGCGCACGACGCGCCGCCGUCGCCCCAGCUUCCGGAAGGCUACAAGUCAAACCCGACGGCCAGCGCGCCAAGCUCGGUAUCAAAGGCAUCGACGCGCUCCAGCGUCGGAUCGUCCGCGCCCCUCCUCGGAAGAGGGUUCGCCAGCUUCAGAAAAGACAAGGGGGAGAUGACUGGCUCAGUCCAGAGCUCCAAGAGCCGCAAGUCCCGUGCCGAGGAGCCAGGCGAGCGCGCCUACACGCCCAGCGUGCACUCGUACGCCCCGUCCCACUCGUCCAGACACGAGCAGCCGGUCAUCAACGUCAACGUGAACAUUGCCCCAGCCGUGCUGGCAGCCACACCCACGCUGGCACCUGCUCCUACCUCGCGCCCGCCGUCGACGCGGUCUCGCCCCAGCUCGCUACGCUCUGUCGUUGCACCGGUGGUUAUUCCUGCCCCAGUGCGGACUCCGGCCCCAGCCCCAACUCCAGCCCCAGUGUCAGCGCCAGCCGGUCCACGCCGCCUGCCGAGCGUCCCACCUGCCCCUGCUGCCCCUACCCCGGUGGCGCCUUCUCCUCUAUCCGCCCCCCGAAAGGGACCCCCACCGCCCCUCGUCCCCCCAGUCCGCGAGGCACCCACCGUCAUCGCGACCACGAGCUCGACGCCGACGUCGUCAGUCCUGCUUGCCAACGCCAAGCCCCAAGUCGCAAAGGUCGCCACGCGCGCUCCCGCCCAGGUGGUGAUUGUGAAGCCUACACCCUCGCCUGUGCCCCAGAUCGUUGUCCUACCUGCCGCUGCAGCUGCCACACCUGUCGUGACGCCUGUCCCACCCCCCGCCCCAGCCCAGAUCAUCGUUGUUCCCGCGGCUACUCCUACCCCAGCUCCCCCAACGCCCCUUGUCAAGGAAGUCCCUAUCGUCAUGCCCACUGCGCGCCCUCCGCAGGUGGUGGUCGUUCCCGCUUCAUCGCGCAGCGGAUCUCGGAUUGCCGUGCCGACUGCCCCCGCACCAGUUCCAGUCGCUUCGCCUGUCGUGGUCGUUCCGGCUGCAGUGGUGUCAGCCACGGCUCCUCCUCCCAUUGGUGUCGCACCCGCUCCGCCUCCAAUGCCAGUGGUGUCUGCACCAGUUACUAUCCUUCCGGCGGCUGUGCCUGCCCCCACUCCAGUGGCAGCUCCGGUUGUAGCAGCACCUGCCGCCGUGCCGCCCCCAGUCCCUGCUCCUGCUCCUGCGCCAUCACCAGCACCCACACCUGCUCCCCGCGUCGAAGUCGUCGAGAAACAUAUCGACGUUAUCACGCCUGAGGGCGAUAUCAUUGAGAAGAUCACGAGAACGACCACGACCACAGAGGCCAAACCCAAGGCCGCAUCUGUGGCGGCAACGCCGGUGCCGCCACCAGCCCCGCAGCUUGUGGUCAACAAACCUAUUCAGCAUGUCGUCAACACCCCACCGGCACCAGUUACCCCUCCGACGCCAGAGCCCAUGCCCGAGGUCGACCGCGUCAAGGUUGUGGAGAAGAUCAUCGUGCCCGCAGGCACCGCCCCAGAGGCCGUGGAGAAGGCGCUCGAUACCCUCGCCAGAGUCGAGGCUGCCGAGACCAGAUCUAGCGCCCCGGCCAAGCCGGGAUCAGACUUUGGUGUAAGGAAUCUUCGCCCAGUUCCCCCUGCCCCUGGUACGAAGGCAGGCAUCGAGCCUAUCAAGAUGGUCGACUACAAGUCGCUCAUCAAGCGCAAACCCGUCAAGCAAUGGCCCCCACCCAAGCCUGGCUCGGACACGACACCAGCACCUCAGCCCAAGAAGCUCUCGUCCGUGUCCGUGCUUGCCAAGGCGGCGUCGACCCCACUUCCGCCCAGCCCAGUCAAAGACGCUGCCUCGGUCCCUCUUCCUCCUAGCCCUGUGAAGAACCCUGCCUCUGUGCCACUCCCUCCAAGCCCCACCAAGAACCCAGCUUCGAUUCUCCUCCCGGCUAGCCCGGCAAAGAACCCCGCUUCGGUGCCACUUCCUCCCAGCCCUACAAAGGCGACGUCCAAGACACCUGUUGCCUCUAAGCACGAAAAGGUGCCCUCCGUCUCCGUCAAAGAGAAGGAAAAGGCGCCUUCGACGAAAUCUACUCCCGGCGAAGUCAUCGUUUCCAUCGGGAAGCAGGGAGACGAGGCCAGUGUGGAGACCAAGGAGACCUCCAGACAGAAGGCCACGCCCAAGGACUGGGAGCCCAAGUCAAGACCUGGUGAGAUCACCAUCUCCAUUGGAGGCAAGAAGGACGAGCAGACCGAGAAGGCUGAGACGGCCGAGAACCCGAAGGACACACCGUCCAAAACAAAGACGGAUGCAGUCAAGGCGGCCAUCGCCAAGAUCGAGCUCAAGGGAGCUGGCACCACCAUUGACCUCGCCACGGCAGCGGCGAUACCUAUGCCAGCUUCUCGCCCAGCGUCCAUCAGAUCGGUCCACUCCACCAAAUCUCACCACCGCGCAGACUCGAUCAAGUCGGUCCGCUCCGUGCGAUCGGUACGCUCGGCCAUGUCGGCGGCGGAGGCGCCUAAUGUCAUCAUCACGGCUGGUGGCACAAAGAUCGAAGUUGUGGUGCCCGAGCCGCAGAAGGCGGGGUCGGUACCUGUUGCGGUGCCGGCUGCUCUAGCCAAGAUUGCGGCCGCCUCAAAGCACAAGCACUCGGCCUCAACACCUUCACUUCCCAGUUUGAAGAAGGCGGCUGACGACGUCGAAUGUGUGGACGUGUCGGUGCACAAGACUGCCAAGGGUGAGGAGGUGACGGCCAAGAUUCACUCGCACGCCAGACGCGGUUCUGCCCCAGCUUCGGUUGUUGGUGAGGGCAAGAAGAAGUCUCACGGGGAGGACGAGAGCAAGAACGACAAGGAUGGCAAGCGGCAUAGCAAUGGCCACAAGCACGAUAAGGACGACACGAAAUCGAAGGCCGACAAGAAGGAGCCGGAAGCCAAGCACAAGGACGACGCUCAUAAGCACAGCCGGAAAGAUAGUCAAAAGCUGGCCCCGAAAGAGGUGGUGCAUGAGGCCGACUCUGACCUCGAGAUUGAGUUUAUUGAGAAGGACCUUCCCGACGGCAAGCAGACAACGGUUGGCAUCAGACGACGACUCUCCCGGGAGAACGUUAGCUCGUCGCGCGAGGCAUCGCCGUCAAAGGCGCACCACGACAGGCAUCGCCACGAGAGGCAACAUUCUUUUGGCCACCACCACUCUCACGAGAGGCCGAAUCUGGGGCACCACCACAGCCAUGAGAGGCAUCACUCGCAUAGUGGCGGCCACGAAAGGCAUCACCCGCUGGGUCAACACCAUGACCACAGGAGGCACCACCGAACACGGUCGUCCAUGGACUCGAAGAGGCGCCAUCACCACCACCGCCCUUCAUCCGGCGAGGACUCGGACUCGGACGGCAGCUUCUAUUCCACACGCAGCCGGAGCUCGCGUCAGAGUCGAGGCGGCAGCUUUGACAUCCCCCGUCCUCCUCUUGUUCAGCAAAGGCCACCAUACUUGACAGCCCCUGUUCUGCAGCCAGGCGCCGGCCCAUUGCCCGUGCCCGCUGCCGUGUAUGGGGCGCCAUUUCCGGGGGUGCCAGGCAUGCCGGGGAUGAUGAACCUCCACGGCAUGGCUGCGGGUGUCGGUGUCCCAGGUAUCGGCUAUGCCUCGGGGCAUCCGAUUGUGGUACCCAUGGGCGCUCCUGUGGCCACAGCGCCAGUGCCGCCAGUGGCGUUCAGUGCGGUGCCAGGCGUGGCAAGGGUGCCCAUGGGCUGGACUGGCGCGCACGGUGCGCCGCAAUACCCUAUGGGUUCUCGGCCGCCUCCCCAUAUGUAGUGUGUAGUGUGCAGAGGACAGUUUGAGCACGAGUUGUGACUGCAGUAGAUGAUAGGAGUGAUGGAUGCCUGCCACGGCGAUCUGCAAUUUGAA